CCAAGCCUCCAGCGGCUAGAAAAGCCGAGCCACCCAAGUAGCAUGGAACGUUGAGUGAGGACCUCGAGCUGUGGUUCUUUACGAUCGAACAAUACUACGCUGACUACCAUCCUCUGAUGGUGGAGGAAUCACCAUCGUUUGUCACGAUGAUUUCGUGCCAUCUGGCACCUACCCCUACGAACUGGUAUCGCCAGUUCGUAGCGGAUUGUGAACGGGCAAACAUUGUCCGUUUGUAGUCCACAUUCAAGCACGGUCUUCACAAGCACUUCCUCCCCCCUGAUAACGAGUACAUGCUCCGUGAGAAGCUGUGCAAGUUGACCCAGAUGGCCACGCUACAUGACUACAUCGGCGCCUUUCAGGACAUUCUCAUACAAUGUCAAAUGCCCAUCUCAGCAUUAGAACUACGGUUCUAUUUCCAACAAGGUCUCCGUAAAGAGACAAACAACCAUCUUAGGGAACACCAUCCAGCUACUUUGGAAGAGACCGUUCAGCUGGCACUACGCUUCGACCAUGGGCUACAACGCCCGGCUCAAGCCUCUUCGGACUGGGAGAUGACGGCCACUUGCCACCGAUGCAAGGCUGUGGGCCAUAUCGCCCCUAACUGUCCUUCGCUAAAGCAGUAACCCCCUUCUUUUAAAAGGAGGUCGUGUGACGAAUUUGUGUAUGCAUACACUAUUCGUCAUUUGGUUACACGUCAUUCGACGACUGGUAAUUAUUUGACCACGUCAUCCGACAAUUGGUCAAAUGAUACCACAGAGUUCCUGUCAGUAAACCUGCAAAGAGUAUGAUAGAGCAAACUAACUUUCAAUUCAGUUUUCAAUUUACUUUCAAG